AUGACUCGAUACGAUGGAGAUCAUAAUGAUGACAACGGAUCUAAGACCUCGACAUCUUCCCUACUUCGGAUCAUCGCACUGGCUGCCCGCUCUCUAAGGACCAACAGUGUCCGCGAAGAUGGAGCUGAUGCCCUCAAGACCCUUCGUGAGGCACGCAGUCUUACCAGACCGUGGCUACGAGACGUCAAGGCAAAACAAGCAGAGGGCAGACGGGGACUGCGAGCUUCUUUGCUGAAUAAGACGUACGAUAAAGUGCGUGACUUCUACGACGAGGCUGGAGAAGAGAUCGAGAGGUUGAAGCGGAAAGACCGGAAGAAGCACAGGAAGCAUCGACACAAGCAUCGACACGGGAGUCGAGACCAUUCUGACUCUACUGAUGAUGAUCACAAGAAGAGACUAAGCUCCAGUCGAGAUCCGACGGAAUUUCAUGGACGGAGGGAGCCAUACCAAGCACCACCGCCGCCUGCGUUCCGAGCCAUACCGCUUGACCAGCCUGCUAUCGAUAGAUCAUCUACACAAAUCAAUCAGCCGCAGCCAAUGCUCGAGCAGAUGAAUGAGGACGAAGGAACGAGGCCAACGGGAAUGACUGAGCGACAACGAAGAGAAGCGUCUAACAGGACAGGGAGCUUGAGCUCACCUAGAAGUCCUGGUCCAGAACUAAGCAGGCCUUCUCGACACAACAAAGAGCAGAAGAGGGAUACGAGCUCGAGCUCGAAACCGUCGACAUUGUCGUCCUGGAGGACAAGUUCUUGUGGCCCGUCGCAUAGGACUUUGAAGCCUACAAGUCCUACGCAGACUCUACAUCGGACCACGCUACCAGUACGAGAGCCAGUUGGUGAUCCGCCUAGAAUACUACCUUCUGUCAAGGUAUCUGCGACUUCGCGCCCGCUACCAGUACCGCAACAAAGCCCACAGGCAUACCACCAGCCCACGCAGUUUCCUGCUGGAGCCCAAUGGCCGCAGUAUGGCUUUGCAGGCCCAGGGCCGUCGGCGUCCAAUGUGCCGCACAAUCAAGCUAAUGGCCCACCGCAACCUCAAGCUUGGCAGCAAGUUCAGGGUCAAGGUGCAGACAUGGCUGGUACAGCAGGCACAGCGGCAUCCACGAAUCGCCAGCGAUAUGGCGAACAGUCUGAUGCAGGAGGUCCGCCGCAUAGUCGUGGUCUGGCGCCGGCUGAAGGAAAUCCUCCUCCGGGAGCUCGUUCAGCUUCUGGUAGCUCUGCGGGACAUGCACGAGGCUAUCGUCCAGGACCAAGCCAACCAUUGCAUUUCCCGCAGCCUGUUCAUGGAGGAGCCGUCAAGCCCGCCUCUACAAUGCAAAACAACAUAGACGCACCAGCAGCGAGCGAGCCUGCUGCGACUACUCCCCGAUCUGCCACCCUGGAUCCCUUACUAUGCCCAGGUGCCGAGACAAAUCCAGCUUAUGCCUGGAGGCCAAGUCAAUCAGGCCUCGCUCCCAAUGACGAUGGCCGCUCCUCGAGAACAACAAGGCCUCCUUCAUUGGCGUCAUGGGCGGACAGUUUGAGCACAUUGACGCUCGACGAUGCGUCGCACUAUUUCAGCCGGCAGCAUCGACGUGCAAAGGGCACUGACGAGCAGUUUCCAGAACCACAAAUCACUCGUGCUCGGCCGGACGGUGGAUACACUGAUUCUCAGGCUUCUGACAAUGCCGAGAAGCCCCGAUUUCAAGGCUGGAUGGCACAUGAUGAGCAAGCUGGGAGUCAGAAAUCACCCGGGCUCUCGAGAGAAGAUCACGCUGAUGCAUCGGAAGCCGGCUCCUCGUGGGAGUCAAGUAGCUCGUCUGGAUCGCACUCGUCGACGAGUACGAGCAGCUCGGAGGGGGAUCCAUCUUCUAGUAGUCGAACUGCGGUACGUCCUUGGUCCGCUCAGCAGGCCCCGCCACAAGCAGAUCAGGGUGAAGCAGCGCAGGGAAGUCGUCCCGCACCAACUUUCAGAAGCUUCUACUCACCUUCGGCAAAUCCUUGUAGUCGGGUAGGUGUGCCACGAGGUAGUGGAAGACCGGAAAAUGCUCCGCCACAGGCACAUCAACAGCCUUACGUGCCUUUGAUGAGAGCUUCAAUUUACGCACAAAGUCAGCGAGCUGGCCAAAGUGCCACAAGCUACGGCACUCGUGGUUCACAGGCAGGAGUAUCGCCUGCCCAUCAGCAGCGCAGUGCAGCAGGGAUAAGUCCUACGUUAGCUCGACAGCCCGCCGGUCACCCAGUACCACCUGGAAGCGUUGUGCCUCCAGGCCAUGCCACAGGUCCAGCAGUUGCAGCGUCGGCCAACACCGCAGUGCCCUCGUUCCAUGCCAGUGCUGCCCAGCCAGUAGCUGACCAAGUCAACCCAUCGUCCUCACAACGUCUGUCAGCACAAAAUGCUAGCAGUAAGGUUAGCACGGUUGACAUGGGAUUCGUCCGACCAGUGCUGAAGAAAAAGUGCCACCACGAGGGCAGUCAGGUGCCCACUGUCUGCGACUCGGUGGCUAGUAACCAGGACUCAAGUAUUGAGCAGAGUCUCGGCGACGAGGAUGAUGAAGAUGAAGACGAUGCUGUACACGACGAGCAUCGCGAGUAA